GUAUUUUUAAUAUGUAUUACAAAAUCGAAAAUUGAAAAGUGUUCAUUUAGUCAAGUAAACUUUGUUUCUCGAUAGACCACAUUCAAUAAGGAAUUAACAUUUAUCGUACUAAGUCGUUUCCAUAGUUGAGCGCAAUUAGGAAAACAGUGGGUAAAAAUGUACGAUUGGUUCAACAGCCACAAUAAAUGGGCCGCCAUCACAAUAGGUGCCGCCACUGUGGCUGUCUCAAAGUUAAUUUUUGCUACAAUAAAAUAUGCGCGUAGCAGAAAAUCGAACGAGGAAGUCCUGACCAUUCUAAUAUUCAAUGAAUUGAGCGGUUCAUGUGGCGCAAACCAUCUUAAAAAAGCACCAUUUAAGUGUCAGAACAAAUACUGCACAAGGAGCCACAUUCAACGCAUUGUUUAUCAAAUUGAUCAGGCACAGUAUUGUAUCGACAUUGCAAUCUAUACAUUUACCAUAAUAGAACUGUUGGAAGCUUUCAAACGUGCGCUGAGCCGUGGAGUCACAAUUCGCGUUAUCAGUGACCACGAAAUGAUUUGUUCAAGCGGCUCGAAGGUUUUAAGUCUAAACAGAUUGGGCGUUGAGGUUCGCAUGCCAGAAACAACAGCCAUGAUGCAUCACAAGUUCAUGGUGAUCGACGAAAGAGCGCGUGUGGAUGAUUUGCGGCUAAAGGAUCGAAAAUCGAAACCACGUGCCUACCAAAGUGUGGUGGUUUACGGUUCGGCCAACUGGACCUUGCAAGGCUUUAAUGGAAACUGUGAGAAUUGCGUUAUCACCUCGGACAAACAAAUGACCAAAAAAUUUCAAACUGAAUUCGACAGAAUGUGGAAAUCGUUUGAAUGUUCUUCACGCAACGUCAAAGCCUGCAUAAAAUAAAUUCUUUAUUCAUUUCAUGCAUAUACACCUUAUUUUGUCAAUAUAAUUAUGGGUUAAGAUUAAAUGAAAAUGCAUUGAUAAUACAACUAUCAACUA